AUGAGUAAUGAUCAUUCGAAUGUGCCAGUUAUUUCGGUAGAUGAAGAAUAUUCGGGAUAUCGUCGCAAGUAUGGACAUGAAGAUCCACAAUCUGUUAAUUGGUGUCGACAUCGAAAACAUUUUUUUAUACUUAGUAGUGCCGGCAAGCCAAUCUAUACUCGUUAUGGAGAUGAAUCACGGAUAUCAGGUUAUACGGGUGUGAUUCAGGCUAUUGUUUCUUUUUUUGUUGAUGCUGAAGAUUCUAUAAGAUGUAUCAACGCGGGAAAUCACAAAUUUGUAUUUUUACUUAAGGGCCCAUUGUAUCUUGUAGCUGUAUCACGGACGAAUGAAUCAGAAACUCAGCUCAGAGAUCAAUUGAAUUAUUUAUAUAACCAAAUUUUAAGUGUUUUAACGUCCACUCAAUUAACAAGAAUUUUUGAACAACGGAUUAAUUAUGAUUUGCGCCUUCUACUUGGAGGCACUGAACCAUUUUUGGAUAACCUUGCAACUUCUAUGAGCGAUGAACCAGGAUUCAUGUUGGGCUCAAUUCAGUGUGUUAGGAUGAAUAAAGAAUUACGAGACAAAAUUGGAAGUAUUUUGCAGAUAGUAAAGUCGAAGGAUCUUUUAUAUGCUAUGCUAAUAGCCAAUAAUAAAUUAAUAACAUUGCUAAGACCUAAAAGACAUAGUCUUCAUUCAGCAGAUCUUCACUUAAUUUUUAAUAUGGUAAAUGGUUCUUCGACUUUUCGGUCAGCUGAAUCAUGGACUCCAAUAUGUCUUCCAAAAUUCAACAACAAAGGGUUCCUCCACGCUUAUGUAUGCUACAUUACUGGGAAUGUAUGUUUGCUCUUGAUUUCUCCAGAUAAAGACAAAUUUUUUGAGUUAUCUGAUGCUAAAAGUAUAAUAGUUGAGGAACUCACUAGUUGUAAUGCAUUACAAGCGAUAGAGGAAGUGUCACAGAGUGAAGGUUAUUCUAUAGCAGAUGUUGGUGCAGCAGGUUUACGUCAUUUUAUAUAUAAAUCAAGGAAGCAUGUACAAUAUACAUCACCUACGUUUAUGGCACCAUAUAAUGAUCCUCAUGAGAAACAAAAAUUGUUUAAAUUAUACAGAUACACACAUGAUCGCAUGCAUUCACGUAUUCGACCACUUAAGGUACAUUAUUAUGUGAGUCCAACAGAAACUAUAUUAGGAUGGAUAACCUCAACAUUUGAAUUAUAUGCCGCAUUUGGUCCAUUAAUAUCUAAGUCGGCAUUGACUAAUUCCUCCCAUACAUUGUUGAAAUGGAUAAAAAAAGAGGAGGAAAAUUUAUUUAUUCUGAAUUCACAAGUAUUUUAA